AUGCAAGACCUGGAGCAGCGCUUAACACGGCUGGCUGGACCAGCAACAGCCGACGUGGAAGGCCAUCCUGCCAAUGGCCGAGAAGGAGCUUGGAACGUAAUUCAGCCAAACUGGGUUCCUCAAGCAGAAAAUCAUGAAAGACCCAACCCCGUGAAUGAUGUGAACCAGAACCACGGAAACCAGACUGCUAAUGGCCAAAAUGCUCAAAACCAUCAGUUGCAAGCUGACGGUCAGGAGGACCGAGUUAGAACUCAUCCUGCGCAGAAUGCUCAAGAUAUCCGAGGUCGGGUAGAACUCGGCGGGUAUAGGAGGAAGUACAACAGGGGCAGUACAACAAUAGCCCCUUUACUGGUCUCAGGGUUGCAAGAGAAUGUCCACGUACACCUCAUUGUGGCGGGUCUGGAUGGUGCAUCCAGGCUUGCCAAGUUGGUUUAUAAGGACCCAGUGAGGACGCUGGAGGAAUUCAGAACUCGUUCGAAGAAAUAUCUCGAACUAGAGCAAAUGGAGAUUGCAAAUGCGCAAUCUGAUAAGGGCAAAAGGAUAAGCCCAAGAAGGAGGAGCCCAGCCCCAAAGGAAAAAGAACGAAUUGACAGUAAGAAGAAAGAUCUUCGCCCAAGAAUCCCAGAAAUGAGGGAUCGGGUUGGGAGAUAUGAUAAAUACACACCUCUUAAUGCUUCGCGUUCUCAAAUCUGGAGAGAAGUAGCCAUGACGGAUAUGAAGAAGGAUCUCCGAGAUGCUGUGGAGAAAUUUGUAAGAGAUGGACGGUUGCGUCAAUACGUGAUCAAAACCCAAGGGUCCAAAAUCAACAAAAGAAAGGCGGGAAAUAGAAGGAGAAGUAGAAGCUCGGUUCCUGAAAAGAAGAACAAGGAUGAACGAGAUCGCAAAGGUGAUCCCAACUUUCACGAGUUCCCAGAAGCAAAAUUUGAUUGCAAUGUAAUCAGUGGAGCCCUUGGAGGAGGUGGAGACACCAUAAGUGCAAGACAAAAGUACUUGAAGGAGGUCCUUUCAAUUCGGGACCGCCCCAGAUUCAAAGAGGAUCCAAGCAAGCUAGAUCCCCCUUUGCUUUAUUUUACAAAGGAGGACAUGCAUGGCAUGUUACCCGGGCAUGUUGACGGACUUGUUAUAGCUGGUACUCUGGUAAACUGUCGGGUUAAGAAAAUUUUUGUUGAUGUAGGGAGUAGUGCCGACAUCAUCCUAUGGGACGCUUUCAAAAAGACGAACCUUGAUGAGGAGGACCUCAAACCUUGCAAAACUACUUUGAUAGCCUUUAAUGGGGAACAUACGCCCCCUAAAGGCUAUGUAGAUCUCAGGUUGACCUUGCGAACCAAAGAAGCGUUCAAAUCAGAACGGGUAAGGUUUAUAGUGGCCGAUUUCCCAUCAGAAUAUAAUAUAAUUCUUGGCAGGCCAACUAUACACCAGUGGGACAUGUUGGUUUCCACGAAGCACCAAAAGAUAAAGAUGCUAAGCAGUAAAGGCAAAAUAAUUACUGUUUGUGGAGAUCAAAAAGAGUCCAGGGGAUGCUACUUCGACACUAUCAAGGAAAAUGAGGAUGGGUAUGCAGGUCCAUCUCGAGUUCAUGCAGGGGACAAGCAAGGAAAGAACAUAAUCCAGCACCAUCCCAACAAGCCCGUCAAUGUGGUGGAACUCGACAUGAGAGAAGAAGUAGUGCCAAGGCCAAAACCCGACGGCGUGCUAGUAAACCUGGCACUCGGGCAAGACCCCGGCCAGUUUACCCAGAUUGGUAAGGCCAUAAACCCCCAAACUAAGCAAAUAUUGGCCGACUUUCUUCAAAGCAACACAUAUGUAUUUGCAUGGAAGUCGUCAGAGAUCCAUGGCAUCGACCCCGCCUUUUGCUGUCACAAAUUGGCAGCUUAUCCAGGAUCCACGCCAGUUUCCCAGAAGAAAAGGAAAAUAGGACCAGAAAGAAAGCAAGUUCUACAAGAGCACGUCAAAGAGCUCUUGGGUGUCGGGUUUAUUCGUGAGAUACAGUAUACAACGUGGCUUGCCAAUGUGGUGAUGGUGAAAAAGCCAAAUGGGAAAUGGAGAAUCUGUACUUAUUACACAGGCUUAAACAAGGCCUGCCCAAAGGAUGUUUAUCCUAUGCCUAACAUAGACCAGCUGGUAGAUAACUCAGUUGGAUUUCGUCUGUUGUCCUUUAUGGAUGCUCAUUCGGGAUACAACCAGAUCUCAAUGUACUCGGUGGAUCAAGAAAAAAGGGCCUUCGUUGCUGAAAGGGCCAACUAUUGCUACAAUAUGAUGCCAUUUGGACUCAAAAAUUCAGGGUCAACCUAUCAGCGGAUGAUGAAUAAAGUCUUCGAAGAUCAGCUGGGCAAAAACAUAGAAGUAUACAUUGAUGAUAUGAUUGUAAAGUCAUUUGAUAUGAUGAAUCAUGUCCAGGAUCUCGAACAAACAUUUCAAAAGCUCAGGAAGUACCGCAUCCGCCUCAACCCGGUAAAGUGUGCGUUUAGGGUUGCAGCAGGGAAAUUUUUGGGAUUCAUGCCAACCAAUAGAGGAAUAGAAGUGAACCCUGACAAAUGCAAGGCAGUACUUGAUAUGAAAGCACCCCAAAGAAAAAAGGAAGUCCAACAGCUAACCGGUCGAUUAGCUGUGUUAACCCGGUUUCUUUCGAAGUCUCCUGAAAAUGCCCUCCCGUUCUUUAAACUUUUAAAGAAGGAAGCAACUGACGGAUGGAACCCGGCGUGUGAAGCCGCGUUUGAGAAAGUCAAGAAAUGUUUAGCAACUCCACCAAUCCUCUCGAAGCCAAACCCAGGAGAUGUUCUGAUCAUGUAUCUGGAAGUAGGGGAGGAAGCGAUAAGUGUUGUACUGAUCAAGGAAACUAACGAGGGCCAAGAGCCGAUUUACUUUGUCAGUAGAGCUUUACAAGGCACAAAAAUCAGAUAUCAAAAGCUAGAGAAAGUGGCUUUUGCUUUGCUGGUCACGGCCAGGAGAUUGCGGCCAUACUUUCAAGGUCAUCAAAUAGUCGUCAGGACUAAUCAGCCUAUCCGGCAGGUGUUGCACAAGCCGGACCUGGCAGGAAAAAUGACUAACUGGGAAAUUGAGCUCAGCGAAUACGACAUAGCUUAUCAAAGCCGAAAAGCAAUCAAGUCACAAGCUCUGGCCAAUUUCAUAAUGGAAUUAACGCUGGUAAAUUCAGAAAACGAGGAAUCUGGCAGUGCAUGGAAGGUCUACGUAGAUGGAUCCUCCAACAAUAAAGGAAGUGGGGCUGGGAUCAUAUUAGAAACCCCAAAAGGAGUAACAAUUGAACAUUCUCUAAACUUAGGAUUCCCAACCUCAAAUAAUCAAGCUGAAUAUGAAGCUCUGAUAGCUGGAUUGAUGCAUGCUAAAGAGCACGGAGCUAGGAAAGUGCAGGUCUUCAGUGACUCGCAGUUGGUAACUUCGCAGAUAGAAGGAAAGUACCAAGCUAAAGGUCUUUUGCUAAUGAAGUACCUGAGUCGGGUUCAAGAAAUCAUGGCCGACUUCGAUGAGGUGCGAGUUACUCACAUCCCACGAGGGGAGAAUAGCCGAGCUGACAUCUUGUCAAAGUUAGCCAGCACCAAGAAUCCGGGUAACCACAGAACUGUGGUUCAGCAAAGCAUAGCAAGUCCGAGUUGCGUGAUGGUGAUAACCUUGGAAAAUGACUGGAGGAAACCUCUAGUAGAUUACCUGGAGAAAGGAAUACUGCCAGAAGACCACCUGGAAGCCAAGAAGCUGGUCGGAGAUGCGACACAAUAUGCAGUCGUGAAUGACCAACUAUUUAGAAAAGGUUUGCACAACCCUAUGCUAAAAUGCUUGAACUCGGACGGAGCAGAGUAUGUGCUCGCUGAGAUCCAUGAAGGAAUAAACGGCCAUCACAUGGGAGGCAAAGCCUUGGCCAGAAAGGCACUAAGAGCUGGUUAUUACUGGCCAACAAUGGGGGCAGACUCCAAAGAACACGUCAAGAAAUGUGAUAGCUACCAGAAGCAUGCCAAGCUGAUUCUUUCACCACCUGAAGAGUUGAAAUGCAUCUCGGCUCCAUGGCCCUUCUUCAAAUGGGGAAUGGACCUACUAGGACCUUUCAAAGCUGCUGGAGGGCAACUUCAUGCAGCUUGCAAUUUGAUAUCAAUAAAUGAGGAAUUUUUCUUUUCUAAGAUCUAUCCUUGUCUACUUUUGAUGCAUCAAUACAAAAUCUGGGAUACAAAUACAAUUUGUCGUAAUGACUCUGAUCAAGUCAAACUGUCCUUAUUUUGGUCAUGA